AUGAAUCAGUUAAGAAAGCUCGUUCCUGUUGGCAGUAGCGGAAUUUUAGGCCUUGCUGGUCUUGGACUUCUUGGAUAUGGUGUCAAAGAAUCCUUCUACACAGUUGAUGGUGGUCAUCGUGCUAUCAUUUUCAGUCGUAUCAAGGGUGUGAAGUCGGACAUUUAUCCCGAGGGCCUUCACUUUAGAAUUCCUUGGUUCCAGUAUCCUAUCAUCUACGACAUUCGUUCAAAACCCAGAAAGAUUACCUCCCCCACGGGCAGCAAAGAUUUGCAAACUAUCAACAUCACUGUCCGUGUAUUGUCUCGCCCUGAGGUGUCAAACCUCCCUGAACUUUAUCGUACCCUGGGCACAGAUUUUGAUGAACGCGUUCUUCCCUCAAUUGUCAAUGAAGUCUUGAAAGCCGUUGUGGCAAAGUUCAACGCAAGUCAACUUAUCACUCAGCGUCAGCAGGUCUCUCUCCUAAUUCGUAAACAGCUUAUCGAUCGCGCUCGUGAUUUCCACAUUGUUGUCGAUGAUGUCUCUAUCACGGAUCUUACAUUCUCACACGUAUAUGCUAAUGCUGUUGAAGCAAAGCAAAUUGCUCAACAAGAGGCUCAGAGGGCUCAAUUCUUAGUUGAAAGAGCUAAACAGGAACGCCAGCAGAAAAUUGUUAUGGCUGAUGGUGAAGCUCAGGCAGCUAAGUUGAUCGGUGAUGCUCUUCAAGCAAACCCUGGUUAUCUCAAGUUGAGAAAGAUUAAGGCUGCUGCAAAUAUUGCCAGGACGGUAACUUAUCUCAAUGCUAACACACUUCUUCUUAAUCUGUCUGACCCUCAAUUCGAUGCCAGCGUUGAAAAGGUUAAGAAAAGAUAA